AAACAGUUUUUAUGAUAAUUUUAUUAUUAUGAUAUCGAUUGAAUAGUGAUCAAAUAGCAUAGAAAGAUAGAGUAAAAGACGCUCUAUCUGUUCAUAAGAAAAGAAUUUUUUUCCAAACAGUCUAUACGAAAUUAAGAUGCGGGGUCCACUACUUUUGGCAUGACCUAAGUAUUUCGUUCUAUUUAAAUAGGAAGAAACACUAUUAAGACCUAUUGUCUCAUCAAUGAAUACACCAACAACUGGAAUAUCAAAGUUUUUAGGUAAAUUAGUUCGACGAUUAUUUGAUAAACAUGUUCGAUCAACAACAAUAAUUGAUGGAGUUCAUUUUAUUCGUCUUUCGAAAAGAUGUACAGCAAAUGAUUGUCUUAAGACAACAACUUAUCUAUGCACAUUUGAUAUCACAGAUAUAUAUACAGUGUAA